AUGGUCGCCAUACUGGGUGUCGUGGGAAACGCGCUGCUGGGCCUGAGGGUCGCCGUCUUCACCACGCCUUGGUUGUUGCAUCUGUUCCUCGCCGACAUCCUGCUCUCUGCGCUGCUCCCCAUCUCCGCCGUCGCACCUGGCCUGGCCUACGACCUCUCCUCGCGCAUCGCCGAGUCGGUAUGGCGCGGCAUCCAGUUCAUCUUCACCGGCAUCAAUCGCGCCCAGAUCAUCGUGUCGGGCGCCGAGAACUUGCCCCGAGGAGAGUCGGCCAUCGUGAUCGCGAACCAUGUCGAAUGGACCGACUUCUACCUCAUCCAAGAAGCCGCCAUCCGUUGUGGCAUGCUGGGAAGGUGCCGUUGGUUCGCGAAGCAGCAGCUGAAAUGGAUCCCGUUCCUCGGGUGGGGCCUCUGGGCGAUGGGUAUGCCUCUGGUGAGUAGGAAGUGGACGGUAGACCAGCGCGAGAUGGAUCGAGUCUUUCAGGGAGUGCUGCAGCGGAAAUGGCCCAUGUGUAAGUCGGCUAUCUCAGAUGGGAGCCUUUCCUACCGAGGUGCGCCCGUAGACCAUCGACUAAACGUAUCUCAGGGCUGGUCUCGUACAGCGAGGCCACUCGAUAUACCCCCUCCAAGCGUGCGGAAGCGGAGAAGUGGGGUGCUGAGAACAACAAGUCGGUGGCCCAGCACCUCCUCUACCCACGCAGCAAAGGCUUCAUUGCCUGUGUGCAGAAGCUGCGAGGGGCGCCCCAUGUCAAGGCGGUCUACGAUAUGACCAUCGCGUACGCCAAGGGCGGGACGACAUUCCAGUCGCCACCCAGCUUCUGGCAAAGCCUGAUGCGGCCGCGUUUGGACCGUGACUGGACAUUCUAUAUCCAUGUGGAGCGUCACGACUUGCAGAAGCUGCCUCGCGAAGACGUUCAGUUGGCAGGGUGGCUGGAGGAACGAUGGCUGGAAAAGGGCGAGCGACUGGAGCGGUUAAACAUGCUUCUGGCCAAGAAUGUGCCGUGGGAAAGCGAGACGGCCAUGCGCAUGUUGGACUGA